AUGGCGCCGGUCGUGACAGCGGUCCAACCGCCUUCUGUCGCGUCCAAAGUCAAGCGUCCUGCGCCCCCAGGUAUCCAAACCAAUGGGGCUAGUUCAAUCCGUUCAUCACCCUCUCCUUCGAUGUCGACCAAGAAGCCCCCAAACUCCGCAACGAUGAACGGCGCGAACCCACAAUCGGCGCGACCUGCUAACCGCACGCGCCGCGAGCCGUCAAAUCAAGCCAGUCGCAUAUCCAGAAACAGCGUAGGGUUGCGGUCAGCAUCUCUCGCAGCCGACAUGGCCUCCGCCCAAGCCGUGGAGCCACCACCAUACAUUGUGACAGACGAAUACAUCCUCAAGAAGUACUCGGGGAACCCCCCGUCUCUCGUUGUCCACAUGCACCCGACCCAUUUUCGAUUCGACCAGCAGGAUGGCAUCUUCCCAUACAAGUCCCCGAUGCGACUUUUCCUGGAGCAUUUGCGCAUGCGGACGGUGCCUCACGAUCUCCUCGAGUACUUCUCACAAGCAGGCGUGCCUUUUUACGAGGGCUGCCUGAUCGUCCAGGUUCAUGAUCACAAGUCGGUGGCGCAGUCCAAGGAUGUCCAGCGCCCAACGUCGGCAUCGAACAAAGUGGUCCCUUCCUCCAUCCACAACCACAAUCCGUAUAUCGUGCCAUCGCCGUAUGUGCCUUAUCCAAAAGAGUCCCUAGGAACACACCCGGAUGCGGCAUCCGGCGUACAAGAGGACACAAAACCAAAGACAGCGGAGGAAAAGGACAAGGAGAGCAUGCCGGCUCCAAGCUUGCCAGGCGAAGGGCAGAAGAGCAGAACCCCCUCAAAGCCCAAGACCUUCACAGUGGUCCUCCACCCUACACCGGAAAGCUUGCAAGCGGAUCUCUUAAUCAAAGCUGCAACUCCUCAUGGCACAACUGACGCGCGUGGUACUGUUGACGGCACGGCACCUCCUUCGACACCGAUAUCGAUGGUCCCGCCUACUCCCACUGCGGGGAGCAUGGCCCCACCGGCCAAGAAACAGAAGCGCGAGCGCAUGGAACUUGACGGAAGCAACAUAUACGUAGCAGAGUCCCAGAUUCUUCUUGCGACCAACGCGCCUCUGUUCUUGGAGCCAACAAGGGAUGCGGAAGAGACGAUUGCUCUUCUGGAUAUACUGGCGCAUCCCAACCACUCGGACUCGCCUCCUCAGCCCAAGACCAGGAAGAGGACCGUGGCGGAGAUGGCGGCCGACGAAGCAGCUGCGGCAGACCAGGAAAGAUACAUGCUCAUCCUCGACGAGCGGCUUUCUUCCAGCACCAAUGGCGCACAAAGCGGAGCCAACGGAGCCGACAAGGAAGGCCCGGCCGUUGUGUCUACCUUCGAGCCAAGGUUCGAGCGCUUCAAAGUCAUUGCCGAUAUCAAGAGAGAGCACGACGAGAGGAAAGAGCAGGAAAAGGUCAAGGCGGCCGAGGCCGAGCGGAAGCUUGCACAGGAAAAGCAAAAGCAGAUGCAGGAGCAACAAGCCGUCAUCGCGGCCCAAAGACAAGCAGAGGCGGAGAAGAUGCGGCGCGAACACCAAAUGGCCCAGGAGCUCAAGGCCCGCCAAGAGCAGCAGCAGAGGGAACAGCAGAGACGAGCCAUGGCCGCACAAGCCGCUGCGGCCCAGGCUGCGCAGAACAACAACCAGAACGCGGCGGCAAACAUGGCGCAGCAGCAACAGACGAACGGCUCCAUGCCCAACGGCACAGCUGGUGGUGUUGCGAGCGCCGUGCCAGCCCAGGCCCAGGCGCGCUUCUCUCAAGCAGCUCAACCUACUGUGUCUUCGCCCGUUAUUCGCCAAGGGACACCUCACAGCAUGUCUUCCCCCAUGCCUGGCGCUGUACCCAUGCAGCAGUCCAACUCCCAGAUGGCAAACAGUCCUCCGCGCCCUCCAUCCGCAGUGCCCAGACACCCGGGCAACGUUGGUGGCGUCCCCAUGUCACACAGCAUGUCUGCUCGCGCAAGCCAGCAGAGCCAUCAGGCUGGCACUCCCCGUAUGCAUCAUGGAACGCCCAGUAUGCAGGGGACACCUGGCACCCGUCCGGCAGUGGCGGCUACACCACGUAUGAACCAGGCCAGCCCACCGCCCAACAUGAUGGCCUCGAACUCGCAAAUGGGCCAGCACAUGAUGAUGGGCACUCCGGGAUCCAUGCCACAGCCUGUACAUAACCCCAACCUGAUCGCGGCGCAGGUUGCUCAGCAACAGCGAGCCAUACAGCAGCAACAAAUGGCGGCAGCUAUGCAGAACGGCAUGGGUAACAUGAUGAACGGCAACAUGAACCCGCAACAGAUGACGCCGCAGCAGCAGCAGCAGUUCCUGCAGCAACAGAUGCAGCAUAGAAUGAUGAUGCAGCAGCAGCAGCAGCAACAGCAACAACAGCAGCGCGGGAAUAUGGGCAACAUGGGCAACAUGAUGAACCAGCAACUCGCGCAGCGAUACGCCCAGCAACUCAGCCAGAUGGGCGCCAACCAAAUGAAUGGCGGCCAGAUGACGCCGCAGAUGCAGGCGCAGAUUCAGGCCCAGCUCCAGGCGCAGAUGGGCAACCCGAUGCAGCGCCAGAUGGCCGGUGGUCAGAACAUGAUGAACGGUCAAAACAUGAACAUGCAGGCGAUGAUGCAGAUGCAUCAGCAACAGGCGAUGAACAACAAUAAUGCGCUUACGAACCAGGUCAAAAUCCAAGGACAAGCGAUCUACAACAAGCAGAUUGCCAAUCUCGCGGCAAAAUGGGGCGGUGCUGUAGAGAACAUCCCGCCGGAGCAGAUGGAGGCAUUCAAGCGGAACUGUAUGAUGGAGGCCAAGAACCAGAUCCAGAGCGUCCUUGCGCAGCGGAGGGCUCACCAGGUGAUGCAACAGCAGCAGCUCCAACAACAGCAACAACAGCAGCAGAUGCAAGGAAUGGGUGGUAUGAUGGGUCCUCACGGGAUGUAG